UCUCAAAACCAAUCUGUUCUUCUUCACGCGCUGCGGCAUAUGACUUCGACUGCUUUAUUGAGCUCCUCGCUCGUCCUCCAACCCAUUAAGCCCUGCAAGCCCUUCCUCCCCCGAAACCCUAGGAUCCCACGGCCGCGCUUUCCGCUCUGCUCCGCGGAGCCGAAGCACCUCACGAAAGGCGGAGGCGGAGGAAGGAGGAGCCCUGUGGACGGCGGGCGGCGGAGUCCAAGAAGGGGCCCGCAUGGGACCUCUCGAAGGUCCGCCAUCAAGAAGAGCUUCGCCCAGGAGCAGGUCGUGUUCACCACGCCGGUGGCGAGGGACCCCGCUGUGGCGAUCAUCGGCGGCGGGGUCGCUGGUUUGGUAUGCGCUCUCACGCUUGAGGAGAGAGGCAUACGGUCGACGGUCUUCGAUACGGGGAUGCAUGGCUUAGGUGGGAGGAUGGCAACGCGGAUCAUUGAUUCCAGGACAUGCAUAUUUGAUCAUGCUGCUCAGUUCUUUACUGUAAGUGAUUUAAGAUUUCAGAAGCUUGUUGAUAGAUGGUUGGAGAAAGGCUUGGUUCGGGAAUGGAAGGGACUGUUAGUAGAACUUGAAGCUGGUGGGCAUGCUUCUCCUGUACCGUAUUCUGCUUCAAGAUAUGUAGGCAUGAAAGGAAUGCGUUCUCUGAUGGAUUCAAUUAUAAGUCAGGUGAUAUGUUGUUACACACAGAGUCGCAUGGCUAAUAUUGUAAGGCCUUGUUGGAUAAGUAAGAUUGAGCCAUUUAAUGGGACAUGGCGAUUGGCUGAGCGAGAGAAACCCCAUGGCCAGUUUGAUGCAGUUGUUAUCGCACAUAAUGGAAAAUGUGCAAAUCGUUUGCUUUCAUCCUCAGGCUUACCACAACUAACUAAACAGAUGAAGGUUGCUGCUGCACCUCCCCAGAUGAAUCUUGUCAAAUACUCAUUUGAAGAUCCUCUUCCAAUUUCUCAGAAUAGAGAUUUUGAAGGAGCUUUUGUGAAAGGUGUAGAUUCUCUUUCAUGGAUGGGCAACAACACUAGCAAACUCUUCCCUUUGGAAAGUGACUUACCUCAGUGUUGGACCUUUUUUAGCACUGCAACCUAUGGAAAACGAAAUAAAGUUCCACAGGAAAACAUCCCUAGUGCCACAGCAGAAAAGGUAAAGGAUGAUAUACUUGAGGGUGUAGAGUCUGCUCUUGGAUUAUCCAAAGGAUCACUACAGAAACCAUUUUAUACCAGGGUCCAAUUAUGGGGUGCAGCUCUUCCAACAAAUUCUCCUGAGAUUCCUUGUAUCUUCGACCCUAAUGGGCGUGCAGGAAUUUGUGGUGACUGGUUACUUGGGUCGAGUGUAGAAGCUGCAGCUUUAAGCGGAAUGUCUCUUGCCCAUCAUAUGGCUGAUUAUUUCCAAAGUGGAGGGACACAACCAGAUGAAUUUGCCAUAGGAUUGAACAAUCCAUUUCAUGCAAUUGCUGGUCAUGAUAUUGGUCAGUUUCCUGGUUUAAAAUCUGGAGAACAGGUUGAACCAGAGGCAUGUCCAGCCCUGUAGAUAUAGAUAUAUCAGCCUUACAGAUGCAUGCAAAUUAAAGGAGCUGAUAUCCGAUCUGGAUCAUGAAGAGAAAAUAGACUUUGUCCCAAAGAACCUCUGAUAUAUAAAUUCAAAGAACACCAGCCUGAGUAUUUUUACCCAUUUGGUAGUACAGGGUGACCUUCCUGACCAUCAAUUUUUGGCUUCAAAAUAGUUUGUGCUGGGAAUGGUACUCGUCUACAUUCAGCAAUUAAGAUUGUCCAUUAUCUUGUAGAUGUUAUCUUCAUGAUAUUGUAAAAUGUCUCUGAAUUCAAAUAUAGGGUAAUCGCAUUAUUUUGUAUUUUUCA